AUGGCGGAGGGGCAGACCCCCGAAAACUCACCGCCGGCACCUCCUCCUCCUUCUCCGUCGUCACCCCCUACGGACAAUCAAACAACAUCCCCUCCUCCUUCCGACAGUCAAACAACAUCAUCUCCCCCUCCUCCGUCUUCACCUCUAGCUCCCCCACCCCAACAAGAACAACAACAACAGUCACCUCCUCCUCCUCCGCCGGGAAAUUCUUCCGAUGGUUCUUCGCCCCCACCACCAUCGUCUGACUCCUCAUCCUCACAAUCACAAUCUCCACCUCCUCCUUCACCGCCCCCACCGCAGCAAGAUGCCAAAGGAAACAACAACAACAACAACAACAACAACGAUAAUAACAACGGAAAUAAUAGAGGAGGCAGAAACAAUGCGCCACAUCCUCCACCACCGUCUUCUAAGACUUCCGACCGUAGCUCACCGUCGCAACCAAGAUCGCUGGCGCCGCCUACAAGCAACGGUGGCUCGAAUUCGUCAAGUAAUAAUGGUCAGAACAUGGGUGUUGUUAUAGGACUUGUGGCUGCAGCUGGAUUUUUGUUCCUUGUCAUGAUAUUGUUCUGCGUCUGUUGUCUUCGGAAGAAGAAGAAGAAAUCAAAGCUUGGUCAGAUGCAGUACUACGGAAGCAAUGCUUACGCCGCAAACCAAACUGGGGGUGAUCAAUGCUUCAACAGUGGUACAACACAACAGCAACAACAACAACAACAACAACAUUACAACCAAAAUGAUCACAUUGUGAAUCUGCCUCCACCUCCUGGAUCGAUGGGAACAAACUGGGUGAAUUCACCGCCGCCACCACCACCUCCAGGAAACUGGCACCCAAUGCAGUCACCACCAGCACCAAUGUCAGGAGGUGUAUUUAGUGGCGAGAUGAGCUCAAAUUACUCAUCAGGUCCAUAUGCUCCAUCAUUACCACCGCCACACCCUUCAGUGGCUCUGGGAUUCAACAAAAGCACAUUCACUUACGAGGAGCUCGCGGCAGCCACUCAAGGCUCUCACAAGACCGUUUGUUGGGACAAGGAGGGAAGUGGGCAAGGCGAUAGAGAGUUCCAAGCAGAGGUUGAUAUCAUCAGUCGUGUUCAUCACCGACAUCUUGUGUCACUUGUCGGAUAUUGUAGUAAUGCAGGAGGUCAGAGGAUGUUGGUCUAUGAGUUUCUCCCUAAUGACACACUUGAGUUCCACCUCCAUGGGAAAAGUGGGACUGUGAUGGAUUGGCCUACUAGACUCAAGAUUGCAUUAGGAUCAGCUAAAGGACUUGCAUAUCUACAUGAAGAUUGUCAUCCUAAAAUCAUCCAUAGAGACAUAAAAACUUCAAACAUUCUGCUUGAUGUUAACUUCGAAGCCAAGAUUGCAGAUUUUGGUUUGGCUAAGCUAUCUCAAGAAAACCACACACAUGUGUCGACUCGAGUCAUGGGAACAUUCGGAUACUUGGCUCCUGAAUAUGCAUCCAGUGGGAAGUUAACAGAGAAAUCAGAUGUAUUCUCUUUUGGAGUUAUGCUUCUUGAGCUCAUUACCGGACGCAGACCCGUUGAUCUAAGUGGUGAAAUGGAAGAUAGCUUGGUUGAUUGGGCGAGACCAUUAUGCAUGAACGCAGCUCAGGACGGAGACUAUGGAGAAUUGGUUGAUCCAUUGCUUGAGAACCGUUACGAGCCUUACGAGAUGGCACGCAUGGUGGCUUGUGCAGCUGCUGCCGUAAGACACUCUGGUCGCCGCCGCCCAAAGAUGAGUCAGAUUGUUCGGACGUUGGAGGGUGAUGCAUCGCUGGACGACUUAAACGACGGUGUGAAGGCAGGGCAGAGUUCUUACAUUGGAUCGAGCGGUGGCGACGGAAGCUUCGACUAUGAGACGGGCACGUAUGGUGCUGAGAUGAGGAAAUUCCGGAAAGUGCCAUUGGACAGUCGCGAUUACGGUGCAAGUAGCGAAUACGGUGCCACGAGCGAGUACGGGCUUGACCCGUCUUCUUCGAGCAGCGAGGAAAUGCACACUGGAGGAGGCACCAACAAAACUACUUCUACUUCUACCCGUGGGAUAUGA